AUGGGAGCAACACAAAGCUCGGGAACUAAACUUUCUUUAGCUGAUCGUCGUUAUAAAGUUAAUAGUCCAAGAGAUUCGUUAUUAGUUCAGCAACGUCAUAGUGGUCGCAAAUUGGGUGGAGUGGCAUUGGAGCCUCGAGAUAACCCACAAUGCAGUUCUACAACAAAAGAAUCGUUUCAAUUAGAUGACGAUUCACAACAGGCUAUAAUUUUUGAUAUGGAAACUUUGGAAGCGGGAGAUAAAAAUCGACGAAGAAAAUCUGGCUCUAAUGGAAGCACUAAUUCAAACGAUACAUUAAAUAGGCAAAACCAAAAUUUACAAAUGGCUAGAAUCGAGAAUUCAGCCUCAGUCUUAACUAUUUUAUUAACUCGUACUCAACGUGUUCUUAUUGAAAACAGCUGGAAAAGGGCUAAAAAAGGAGCCGCUGAUGGUGGUGUGGGUUCACGAGUUUUUCACACAGUUUUGACAGCACAACCAGAUAUUAAAUUGCUUUUUGGGCUGGAAAAAGUACCACAAGGUAUUACGAUACAUCCACUUUAG